GGGCCUAUCAUAAUAGCAUUCUUGUUAAAGACAAGAGUUAAAAACAGAAGUAUUAGGAUUCCCCCCACCCCCAGCUUAUUCCACACAUUUUUUGAGUUGGAGGGUGAUUUGGAUUAUCUCUGUAGUUAUGCUGUGCUGUGAUAUCUUGUCAUGUUUUCAUCCUGGGCUUUUAAAAAAUGUUCUAUUUUAUUGUGUUUUUCUAUCGUACACUGUUUUGAGGCUAUUUGAUGAAAGGCAGUUUUAUACAAUAAAUAGAAAUGUAUAGAAAAUUUUCUGCCAGCAGCUUUGGCAUAGACCUGAUUAUUUCUUGUCGGCUCUGAUGUCCUUGGUUAAUGGGCAUCUUCAAUUCCUUUCUGUCUUCAGUUCCUUUUUCUGUAGGGAUAAGGCCUGUUUUCCAAGCGGAAAGGCAAUUUCAAUCCUUUGUUCACCACCUUGAGCUGGUGCAUGACUGCAGCAUUACUUACGGUUUUCCCUCCUUCAGCAGAUCUGCUUACCCAGAUGAAAGAGGGAGCGAACCAAUAGGGGCUCUCGCUUCCCAUCCUUCUGCAGCAAUGGAAACAGAACUGCUUCUGGCUCCUAUCACUGCACUGGAGAUCAUAGGAGACCAUCUUGUCGCAGGUGAAGGACCCAACAUAGUCAUCUAUGCCCUGGAGAAUGAUACCAGCCAGCCAGCUAAGUGCUGUAGGCAGAUCCUCCGGAGCUAUAAUGUCCAUGGUAUCAAGGAGCAGCAGAAACUGGCUCCAGGAGCUGUAGAAGCCACCACCCUGGCUGUCUUUGGAGGCAAAGGCCUUGUUGUUGUGGAGCUCAUCCUCCAGGAUAGCACAGUAAGGCUAGCCGAGCUCUUUCCUUUCUGUGAGCUGCACGACUGGAUCUGGGACCUGCAGUGGCUGAAGGGCAGCUCUGAGACACCCAGCUGUUUGGCUUUGGUCCUAGGCCACAACUCUAUGGCUCUCUAUGAUUGCACUGGCCAGCAGAUCCUCCAAGAAGUGCACUGCCAAGAGAAGUGCAUCCUCUACUCUGCACACUUGGUUGGGAGCAGCUGGGAUAACUUGGUUCUGGUGGCUGGCACAGUCUUUAACCAGCUGGUGGUCUGGUGCGCAGCCAACCCAGAUGACGACACUGGAAGAAUAAAGCCCCGCAUCAGGAUCAGUGGGCACAAAGGUGUCAUCUUCAGCAUUUGCUACUUGGAGAGCAAAAGCAUCCUGGCCUCAGCCUCGGACGACAGGAGCCUGCGGUUGUGGGCUGUCAGCAACCUCAGAGCACCCCCCGAUCAUGUCCCCUGCCUGCUGGUGUGCUACGGGCACCAGUCUAGGGUCUGGUCAGUCCGGCUGCUCGACGACUACAUCAUCAGCAUUGGAGAGGAUUCGGCUUGCCUCGUGUGGAACUAUCAAGGCCAGAUUGUUCACAGCUUCAGGGGACACAAGGGCCGUGGCCUCCGGGCUGUGGCUGUGCACGAGGCACGAGGCUGGGUGUUCACAGGUGGUGUGGAUUCUGGCAUCAGACUCUGGCAGCUCAAGGGGCAGAGUACCAAUGGGAGCAGCCUCUUGCAACUCAACUUCCCCUCCCCUCAGAGAAAAGGGUCCCCUAGAGCAGUGAAACUGGUGGACGUAGACCAUCUCCUUGUGAUGACUGAUGCUGGGGCUGUCUACACUUACAACUUGACCUCCAAAGCCUGGACUUUGGCCCUGGAGGAUGCCUCCUAUCAGUCCUACAGCCUCUUAGCAGUGUCUGAGCUUGCCAGUGGGGGCGUUCUGUGUGCCAUGGGCAAUCUCUCGGGGCAUGUUAAAAUAUUCCCCCUCAGCAAACCCACACGAGGCAAGGAGCUGAAGCUCUAUGAAGGGAAAGUGCACCACUUGAGCUGGGUCUCCUGGCCGGAGCAGAGUCCUGACGUUUGCAGCCUCUUUGCUUCUGGCCCAGCGGGCGUUCUGCUGUGGCUGCAGGUCUCCUUCUGCCCACUUGAGGAAGUGACUGUGGCGGCCCAGCAGUGUUUCCUCCUGCCGCUCUGCAAGCAGCGAUGGCACACGUGCGCCACCUUCCUGCCCCAGGGAGAGCUUCUGCUUUGUGGUGACCGCAGGGGCUCUCUGAUGCUGUUUCCAUGCAGGCCGGCUCUUGGGGUGGCGAAAGCAUCCCGGAGAGGAGAGCUGGGCUGCUCUGGUUCAGGGGUGAUCUGUAAUUUGCCGGGGCUGGUCUUUCCCAUGGGAGGAGAAGCGGCGUCGUGCGCUGAGGGCCCCAUUGCUCUGCUCUUUGGACUUCACGGGAAGCUCGGCGUGACCUCCGUAACCUGUCAUGGUGACUUCAUUUACAGCACGGGCCGGGAUGGCUGCUACCGCCAGCUUCAGGUACAGGGCCAGCAGCUCCGAGUGCUGAGGAAGCAGAAGCCCUGCAAGGGCCUGGAGUGGCUGGAAGAGCUGCGCUUUGGGCCACGUGGGAGCAUGUGUGUGCUGGGCUUCCACGCGGCCCACUUUGUGCUCUGGAGUGCCAGCAGCAAUGAGAAGCUGCUCAGCAUCCCUUGUGGUGGUGGCCACCGCUCCUGGAGCCUCACCCGCAGCCUCUCCGCUCAGACCUUUGCUUAUGUCAAAUCUGGGGACGUCAUAGUGUUCCAAAGCAGUGGUGCACCCGAUGAACAGCGUGUCUUCAAAGAGCCUUUGCACGGGCGGGAACUGACCUGUCUAUGCCAUGUGGGAACUUUGAGAACAGCUGGGCAGGCGCCGGUGAGCAUCCUUGCCACUGGCAGUGAGGACAACAUGGUGAAUAUUCUGGCCCUUGCAGGGCAGUCCCACUCAGUGACCCAGCUCACAGCCAUUGGCGACCACAUCUCCAGUGUGAGAGCUCUGGCAGUGGCUGAGAACGGCACCACUCAGCUGGAGACAGGAUCCAUCUCCACCAUCCUGUUCUCAGCUGGAGGCCGAGCCCAAAUUGAGUGUUACCAUUUGCUCCUCAGCCCUGACCAUGGCUCUAGGAGUGGCAUGGUCUGCCAGUUGGUCCACAUCGCAUCCCAUCGAUUAGAUGAACAGUGGGACCGCAUGAAGAACAGGCACAAGUUGAUCAAGAUGGACCCAGAGACCAGGUAUAUGUCAAUUGCAGUGCUAGCUUAUACAGAGGAUGCAGAGCUGCCUGGCCCCUUACUUUUCCUAGCUGCUGCCUGCAGUGAUGGAUCUGUCCGGCUUUUCUUGCUGCUUGAGGGCGCUCAGAAACUGUGGCUUGUGGCAGAGUCCUUUCAUCAUCAGCACUGUGUCCUGAAAAUCCAGGCAUUUGCACACAAGACAGCAGACCAAAGGAGGAGACAUUUCUUGGGCAGUGCUGCCACUGAUGGGAGUAUUGCAUUUUGGGAUAUCACUGCCACCGUUGAGCAGGCUGCAGAGGCUGUAAAGGUGGAAAGCAACGAAAGGAAGCUUCUGGCCCUGGGGACCCCGGUGUUGACUGUCCAGGCUCACAGCUGUGGUGUGAAUAGCCUCCACAUCCAGGAAACGGCAGAUGGGCAUUUCCUCGUGGCCAGCGGCAGUGACGAUGGCUCCAUCUCUCUCUGUGUUAUUGGCACAAAUUCCAAAAGCCCCACUGCUGGGACAGGCGUCCACGUUUCCAGGAAGCUCUCACGGCUUUGUGCUCAUGCGGCUCAUGUGACAGGGGUGCACAUCCUCCACCCGGACUUCCUCCUGUCUGUUUCUGUGGACCAGCGUCUGACACUAUGGCGCCUUUGUGAGGAUGGGCUGUCUUUUGUGUGCAGCAAGUUCUGCCAUGUGGCUGAUGUGGCUUCUCUGGAGUGUUGGGAAGCUGAGAAGCAAAGCUAUUGCAGUGUGAUAUGUGGCCAGGGUCUGGAGGUUCUCCGCUGUGUUAUGCCAUCUGAGCAGAGGCCUAUCGGGCAGGUGCAGAAAUAAAAAUGAGCAUGCGAAAGAAAGUGAAGAGAGCCCACAAUGGCCUUGCCCGAUUGGGAAACAAAGGAAUAAGAAUGACUGCCAGAUGGGCAGAGGGACAACACCAUGUGAAAGCUGCAAGGGCCAUCUUGGCCCUGUCCCACAGGGAAGGCUGCUUCUUGGGUAACUACUUUAGGGAAGGGCUGUAGCCUGGUGAUAGGGCAUCUGCUUUCUAUGCAAAAGGUCCUGGGUUUCAUCCCCAGCACGUCCAGGGAGGGCUGGGUAAAAACCUGAAGAGCCAUUGCCACUCGAUAGAGUCAGUAUUCACCUAGGUGCACCAAUGAUCUAAUUCAGUAUAGAACAGCUUCAUACACGUCAUCAGAAUCCCAUGCAGAUAUUCCCCCUUCUUAUCACAUCACUUGCCUUGGCUCCUUCAGCAGUAACUGUCUGGUUUGAUAGCACAGCUGGAAACGCAGCUUAGCAAUCUUUUAUUAGGGUGCCUACAUCUGAGAUGCUGAAUAUGGUCCCUCUGCCUUCACCGGUCUGAUGACUGAAGUUUACAAAUAUGCCCUUCCUUUUCUGAAACUACAAGAGUUUUCCAACUUCAGGCCUCUUCUUCUGACCGCAGGGGAGAGGUGGUCCCGUUUUCCUUCCAGCUACACUGAAUUAUCUCUCAGAACUAGCCUCCAGGAUGAAGAUCAAGAGGAUUCAAUUCACUUGGAUUUGGGAAACCUCUGAUCAUAUGAUUGAGAAGAGCCCAUAGAAUUUAAUUCCUUCUUCCUGUUGCAGAGAAGGGUUUCCUGUUGUCAUACCGUUGUGUCUGAGCUACCAACUCAGAAAUACCGAUUACUGCUGUUUAUGUAGUUGCCAGUUUCAGGUGCUAGCUUGCUUAAUAUAGCUUCUGACUUUG